AAUCGCACUCUCCUCCCUGGUAUAUGCGCUGCGGCGGCGCCCUGGGCCUGACUGACGCGUUCUCCCCGCCGAUGGUGUAGUCCGGGUCCCGUCCCCCCCCCCGCUGGCAGGGCGGUGGUUCGGUCUGGAUCGCGCUCUCCGGAAGUGUCGAGGCAGCUGGAGCAGCCGCUGCUUUCUGCCUGUCCCGUUCGGACCCGAGUCUCUGCUUCAGCCGUCAGCUUCUGCAAACAGGAUAGAUUUUACCCUGUCCCUGGUAUCACGUGACCCCGGCUACCUUUGGACUUCUCAGUAUAAGAAACUUACAUAGUUUGGAAACGCACGAAAUAGUUCGGGUGGAAAGAGGUGCAGACACCUAAACCUUACUACAUAAGCUGCCUUAAUACAUCAACCUUGCAAAACUUGCUUGGGGUCUGGCAGCUGGGCCAAGUAAAUCCCAUCUGUGUAGUCUUCCUCAUACAACUAAUUAAGUUGUUGCAUGCAAAUUAGCUGCAAAGUAAUGGUGGUGAUUGGCUGAGUUACCUCUGAUAUCACAAUCUGGAGUGACGGACACCUGCCCUACUGCAGCUGUACUCCACACAGUCAAAAUGGCAGAGAACUUGAAAAUUGGAUGGUAACAGACCAUGAAUCCCAGUGAUGAUUGAACCUGAAUCCAACAGCCAUCAUGUCUAGCAAAAGGGCAAAGACAAAGACCACUAAGAAGCGCCCUCAGCGCGCAACCUCCAAUGUGUUUGCAAUGUUCGAUCAGUCACAGAUUCAAGAAUUCAAAGAGGCCUUCAACAUGAUUGAUCAGAAUAGAGAUGGCUUCAUUGACAAAGAAGACCUGCAUGAUAUGCUCGCUUCCCUUGGAAAGAAUCCAACUGAUGAAUACCUAGAUGCUAUGAUGAAUGAAGCUCCAGGCCCCAUAAACUUCACUAUGUUCCUUACAAUGUUUGGAGAAAAACUAAAUGGCACAGAUCCAGAAGAUGUAAUCAGAAAUGCUUUUGCUUGCUUUGACGAAGAAGCAACAGGGUUCAUUCAAGAAGAUUAUCUGAGAGAGCUGCUGACGACAAUGGGAGACAGAUUUACAGAUGAAGAAGUAGAUGAGUUGUACAGAGAGGCACCAAUUGACAAAAAGGGAAAUUUCAAUUACAUUGAAUUCACACGCAUCCUUAAACACGGAGCAAAAGACAAGGAUGAUUGAACAAAAUUUCAGACACCUGCAGCUAGCUCUAGUUUUCACUUGCGUUUAUUUUUGAGGGUUUUUUUCCUGGUAGAACCUGUUGCAUGCAUCUAGCUUUUACAGCUUUUGCCUUUCUCAGUAUAUUUAUCUAUUCCAGGCCAUUCUGGCACAUUUGCACCUGUGUAAUCAAGCUGGAUGUGGGGGAUGAUAUUGUGGUGAAAAGAAUCUGGAGACAAAGAUCAAUGAAUUUGAAGGCCCAGGAAAAAAGUCUCAAUGUUUCUGGUUUAGCUGGAUUUUUACAUUUUUUGUAAUAAAAAUGUCCUUUUGAAAUAAAGAUUGCUAUAUAAAUAAAAUACCUCAAACUG